AUUCAUUUUGUAUUUUUUUACUCAACGCUUUUAAUUCUCCAGAAAUACAAAACCUUCCAUAAAGGCAUUUUCUGAGUUUUGGCAAACAAUGUUUUCUUCCACUUUAAAUCCUCCACAAAAAAUAUAUUGACUAAAAAACUUCCCUUAAAUGUGGAUGUCAUCCUGGUUAUGAUGAAAAUUCCUUAGUAAUUUGUCUUUUUUCUUCAUAUGAAGAGACAAUUUGCUGCUACUACUACCCAAAUAUUUUAGCAAACUUGAAAUUGUCUCACAUGUUGCAAAAUCAUUAUGGAGGGAAAUUGUAAAAAAGCCAGUUUUCAAUGGGCAUUUCAAAAGUCGACUUAUUAAGCUACUUUCAAAAUUCUGCUGCCAAAACUCUCGUCUGUGUGGUUCCCCACUGCCAAUUUUUCCCCAAAAACAAUCCAUACAUUCAGGGUCCGCGCAGCGUAUUUUUUAACAGGGGGCUUAUAAGUGAGAUUGUAUUACGAUGAACAACAAAGAAUGUAUGGGAAAGUUUAUCAUCGUAUCCCAUCUGCGCGGCCUCUGACAUUUCGCCCCUUUAGCAAAAAUUAUUUUACCCAGAAUACUGAAUGUACUGUUAUUUUCUAUGUUUGUUUGUUAUUUUAUUGCAGUGGCAAUGGAAGGUUUUUUGUUGUUUUGUUUUGUUGUUAACAAAAGUUGUUUCCCAAAAACUCCAUUUCAAAUCCCACACGCAAUGUCACACGAAGUUUUUUCUGCAACUUUGUUGCGGAAAGUCCUUAAGUGAGCUGUUGUUUUUGUAAAAAUUUUUUUUUUUACUUGACAAGUUGUAAGGGAAGAAAGAUAACGUAUGACCGGACCUUAAACAUUGCUCCAAUCUGAAUGGGCCGUUUUCCAGAUACAAGUUUUCUGUGGAAUUUGAGCGUAAAAAGAAGUAUUUAAUAAUUCGACAUUUUUUUUUACCAAAUUGCCUCAUCUCACGCCCUUUUAACCAUUAUGUAAUUCUUAAAAGCUUUGAAGCUUUAUCGCAAAACAAGAAAAAGUUUCAGGAAAUGAAACAAUGUCGGAACCGCCAUAGCCUCGGUUUCGCGCACAAACCUUACUGGAUCCCCGUCAAGAGACCAUGAUGUCUCUUGUCCCCAUUACGUACAAAACGACCCCGAUAAAUUCGCAAGCUACACGCACGACCAAAUAUCGCUGAUGUGAAAAAAAUACGUAUCACUUUGCGACACUCUUUGCAAAAAAAGUAUGAAAAUAUAGGGUGUAGGCAAGUAUUUAUGUCACGAGUCACGUGACAUUUGAAACAUUUUUAGGUUGACAACCAUUUUAAAAUCACAUGACUUAGCUUUUUUUUCAUUCCCGUGAAUAAGCCUCGCCGUGCCUAAAGGCUUCAAAAAUAAAGUAUAAAAGCAAGCACUGAUUAAAAUAUUGGCUCGCCGAAAGUUUCGCGCCUCGGCGCCUUCAAUGAUAUAUGAUUAUUUAAAUUUUAGUCCCAGUAUUGAAGUCCACGUUAUAAAGAUCUAGUAUUUAAUCAUAUCUUCUAAAAACUCGUCUAACUAGAAUGUCCAUUUUAAAUCGAUUAUGAUAGCUAACUUUUUGUCAUUUAUACCUUGUAUUCUUAUAGUACCGCCAAUGGCAUCGAACUCUUCUAUCGCUCGCGAACUCGAAACACACAAGUUGCGUAGCAACUGCUAAGAUAUCCAGAAACCUUUUGUUUGGCAAUUCUGCUUGCCAGAUAAAGAUUUUAAUAAUUGAAGAGCUAAGAGAUUCAACUUAGAAAUUCAAGAGCAAAUCUUCAAAGAAGAAUUUAUCUCGUUCUAUCUAAAAAGUUGAUUUCUUCGUUUUUAGAACUUUUUAUUUUUCAAACAUUUAGUUGAUAAUUAUAUCGAAAAUUUGCAAUGGAAUCUCUUCUUGCGCCAGUCAAGUGUAUUGUGCAAGAAAGAAAACCAGAUUUGGAUGUUUCUAUCGUAAGGAAAGAUCGCCGUAUCGAAUACAAGGUUGCCCCUCGCAGUGCUAUGGAAGUAAAAGAAGAAAUGAAGCACUGGGGAUGCCCGUCCUCGAAAGUCCGUAAACUAAUUGUAUCCACUAUUGCGUACCAGUCUAGGCCUAAUACAGCUAACGCAAGUCCGACAUCUUCCCCGAGGUACACCUCGACACCAGUCAAGGGACGUGCCCCUUCCUCUGCUCCACCAGCAAGGAGGGCCCCUACGCCUCCAAGCCCCUCUCAACGUGCGCCUAGUGCACAGAGCUAUGCAAGUAGUAGUAGGUCCCAGACUGCCCCGGGCAUGCGAUCCACAGGAACCCAGACCAGUCUUGAGCGUGCCGCCAGCGCGGGACUGGUGCGAGAGAAGCCUCCAGCCCCUGCAAAUAGACCAGCCUCGUCUCGAAGCAGUCACAGCUCUGCAUAUAACGCACGCACUUGCCGUCCGUCGCACAUGUACAUGAACGAGCAUCUACGACAGUCCGCGAAGUUAAACCGACCGCCAAGUCAUGUGCACUCGUGUGACGAGUAUCGAGACCACGAGCGUUCCACGAGAACUCCACGAAGUCUACGAAGAUGGGAUGGGACUGAGGUAGCACUGCCGAAUUUUAUGAAGGGGAACGAGUUUCUAACACACGAUAAACUGGAUAUUGGUCAAAAGCAGUACAUCUGGGGGAUCGCUCGCAUCUACUCCGUAUCUCAUCUGAUGCAACUUAAGCAACGACAGUACCAGAGUCUUCUUGACUACGAGUUUAAUAGACGACUUCAGAACAAUGAGUUGACAGAGCGACAGCGUGCACAUGAAAUGAGAGAAUACAUGCGUUACACUCGCUUCAUCAAGAGAUACGACCAGAGGAUCCCGCGCGCGAAGCAAGCCAGCUCCGCACCAACUCCAUGCGAGGAAGUAUCCCACAUUCACCGCCACGUGAUCAAAGGUUGGACUACCAAUCCUCGCUCGAACGAUGCGUACCGCGGAGACUUGGAGCGAGAUCAAAAAGAAGUGCGAGAUCUUCCAGAUUAUUCUGACUCAUCUCCGGACAAUUCGCCGGACAGGCCGCAAAGACGGACACAUAUUGUAACCGUUAUAAAAGGAGUAGACGAUGAUAAAGAUACAGAGGAAACGGAAACUGGACAUGCAAGACCCGGCUCACCUGACAAAAGUCCACAGGAAGACCAUCUUACAGGUUCCGGACGAAACAGCAUCGCAGGGGACCAUUUAUCGGACGCCGAGGAAAACUAUUUAUAAGGGUCAUCCUUAUCGGAUAGCCCAUAAUAUACAUAGUACAAAUCACGAUAGUUAUGGGUCAAAACUGAAUUGAGAGUAGUUAUUUUUUUAUAAUUGUUGAGAAAUUGUUUAUUGCUGUUUUUUAUAUUCUAUGCUGUGCUAGGUGUAAAACGCUUUGUUUGGAAAGUAAUAUAUUUUAUUAAACAGUCUUUGUCAGCCGCCAUUUUGUCAUUCUAGCAAAGUACCAAUUGUGAAAAGCCAAUCGAUAUUUUCGAUUGAAUUUGGUUAAUAAAAUUUUAAACUUUGUUUUUAGAUGGUUAUUUCGAGAUUUUAUCACAUGAUGUGCCUUCCAAUAUUAAAUAAAAACAACAAAGAUGAGGCUGACAAGGAUCUUUGAGCCUGUCUCAUUGCAGGUCUUAUAUACUGUGAAAGUAGCAUUCUCUAAACCAGUGGUUACAAUGAUACUUUCAAGUGAAUGUUAAAAAGGUAUAAAACAAAGUUAGAAUAAUUUGCUUAAUUUUUAGGGUGUGAACAUGACGCUGUUUAAAUCAAUAAAAUUUCAGCUAUUCUU